AUGGCUUGGUUUAUAAUUAUACUUCUUUGCCUUGGGAAUUCAAUGGCUCAGUUUUUAAACAUAACCAGUAAAACUGAACCAGACUUAGAGGAAAAAUUGUUUGGUCUUCUGCUAAGAUUGCAAACGGAGAAAUUAUACGACACCCUAUUGAUUUAUGGACGGGAUUGUGCUUUUUCUUCUUUAUCUAGCCGAUUAAAAGUACCCACUGUGCUUGUGACUUCGGGUAGCACCAACUUUGAGUGGAAUUUCAGUAGUUUAACACUUAUACUCAGUUGUGAUAUUCAAGCCGAGAGGGAGGAGAACUAUCGCACAUUAAUGAAGCUGCAACUAGCUAGGCGCCUAAUUCUUCUCCGUGGGGACUUACAACCGGACACAGUAUGCGACUUUUAUUCGAAAAAGGAGCAAUAUAACAUAGCAAUGGUAAAAGAAAACUUCAAUCAAUUCGGGGUAGUGUACUCCUGUCGCCUAUUUCAAGAUCGAAAAUAUGAAAAAAUUAAUCUAUUCGAUGCCAACCCAAUUUUUGUAGAACAAUUUAAAAACAUGCAUGGAGCGUCGAUUAGAACAAUCACCGACAACUUGGCACCUCGAUCCAUGGUUACCCAGGACCCAAAAACCGGGAAGAAGAAGUGGAUAGGCUACGUGGGCAACCUAAUAAGCCACUUUAUUGAAAAGGUUAAUGCAACCAUGGAUAUGCAGGAGGAAUUGACCGACCUCGAUGGAAAAUUCUUCGUUGUGAAUAUAUCAAAAUGGACCGCAACCGAUCUUUUGGAUAUUGGCAUGACAGUGGAAUCCACCGGGGAAAUGACUAACUUUGAUACGUUCUCAUAUCCUUACUUGACAUGCUCGUACUGCUUCAUGGUACCACUUCCAGAUUUGGUGCCAUACAACGAGAUCUACUGGGUGAUCAUAGAUCGCGGCGUUCUAGGCGUGCUAUUUGUCCUAUUCAUCAUCUUCUCGGUGAUGCUGAUCUACAUCCAGCAGAGGUCUUUUCGCGGUCUGAGCCUGACAAGAGUCCUGCUGAACGAUAUGUGUUUGAGGGGGUUUUUGGGACAGCCGUUUCCCUUUCCACGUCAGUCCUGCAGAAAACUGAAGCUAAUUUGCUUGCUUCUCUGCUUCGCCAGCCUUAUGACUACAACCAUGUACGGAGCCUAUCUGCACACAUAUCUGUAUAGUCCGCCACCCGAGCCGAUGGUGCGUACCAUUAGCGAUUUGGAAAAGUCCAGGUACAAGAUUGCAAUGAACUGGGCUGAGAUGAACUUGUUGCGCAAAGGCAAUCGUAAACUGCUAAGUGUGAGUGAUGCACGGGUCCAGACCUUUGAGGACUACCAAGAAUUCGUAAGCUUACGAGAAUCUUUUGAUACCGACUAUAUCUUUCCGGUGACCAGUGUGCACUGGAGCACUUACAACGAGCAACAAAAACUCUUUCAUCAUCCAGUGUUCUACUACUCAGGUGAUUUCUGUCUCAGCCGCUACAGCGUAUUGAGUUUUCCCAUAAGACGUCACCUUCCCUAUCGCGAACUCUUUGAAGAGCAUAUUCUAAGGCAGAAGGAAUUUGGACUAUUGAAUCACUGGAUCGAUCACAGCUUCAUGGAUAUGCUCAGGCUGGAACUUAUGCCGCACACGGAUUUCAGCGAACCACCAGAGGAUGAGCUAGAAAUCUGGUUAGACGAUCUUUACUGGGUUCUGGGCUUGUAUGCGUUGGCAUUGGGUAUCAGUUGCUGCUGCUUUGCAUUGGAGGUUUUGGGAUCUUUAAACUGUUGGACCCGUUUAAAGGAAUAUAAAUGGAGAUAG